CUCGCCAGUAGUUCCUCCAGUCUCAGCCGCCAACUCCGGAGGCGCCGCGCUCUGCCCGGGAGCGCCCGCGGGAGGAGCAGCGACCCGCAGCCGGGAGUCCCGGCACGGGCGAUGCUGGCGCCGCCGGCGGCACCUGCGGCUCCUCGUGGCGGCGGCGGUGGCCUCGGCGGCAGGAGCGCGGGCCCCAGCAGCCUCGUCAGCCACAGCCGUUGCGGCCCGGGCCGCCUCCGCCGCGGUCGCCGCCUCUGCUGCGCCUGCCCUCUCCCGGUUCCGCGGCUCCGGGAGGAUGUGGGUCCUCGGCAUCGCGGCAACUUUUUGCGGAUUGUUCUUGCUUCAAGGCUUUGCGCUGCAAAUCCAGUGUUACCAAUGUGAAGAAUUCCAGCUGAACAACGACUGCUCCUCCCCUGAGUUUAUAGUGAAUUGCACGGUGAAUGUUCAAGACAUGUGUCAGAAAGAAGUGAUGGAGCAAAGUGCGGGGAUCAUGUACCGCAAGUCGUGUGCCUCCUCAGCAGCCUGCCUCAUCGCCUCCGCUGGGUACCAAUCCUUCUGCUCCCCUGGGAAACUGAACUCAGUGUGCAUCAGCUGCUGCAACACCCCACUUUGCAACGGGCCCCGGCCCAAGAAACGGAGCAGUUCUGCCUUGGCCCUGCGGCCGGGGCUCCCCACCACCAUCCUGCUCCUGAAACUCGCCCUCCUCUUGGCUCACUGCUGAAGUUGGAGAUGCUCAUCCCUCCUGCAUUGUCCUUCAGGCCCUUGCUCCCCCUGCUCCCCAAGCUUCUCCUGGGUGUCCUUUUUUUGUGGGUUGGGAGGGAGCGUAUUCUCUUUCUUUCAGUUCCUUUGCAAAUCAAAGAGCUCGGUGUCAAACAGUUUUUGUAAGCUCUGAAUAAAUCCAGUCUGACUUUUCAGUGUGUACUUGAAGGGAAGAGGGGAGUCCAAGUCUGUCCCCUAUUACCAGAGGCAAGGUCGGGCUGGCAGAGUCAGUCCCUAGAAGACACUUACGGAGGCAUCCAUUUUUUCCAAGGCCCCUCGCUUCCACUCCUGUCCCUCAUAGGGGCAUGGUUUAUUUUGUCACUGCGUGUGUCAGAUCAUGUUGCUUUCAUUGGGGGCGCCGGUUAGUCCUCAAGGCUUCCAUAGUUGACAUUCACACUUCAUGUUCCUGAAAACCAUUCCCUGCGGCGGAGUUGGGUGGUUUCAUCUGCACGUUGGGUUCUGCUGCCUCAAGACUCAAUUGCUGGGGCUUGGAGUCUGGCUCGCCCCCGUUCUGGAAAGUGCUCAAGUAAACCUUGUUAGUUCUUGCAGAGGAACUGCACCGGGAAGCGGUGAAGAUGAGGGGGCGAUGCGCGGAGCGAGUGCUGUCCGCAGCAGAGGUGACGCGGGCACGCAGGUGUUUGCUGUGGUUGGCGUGCGGCAGCGUCAGGCGGCAGCGGAGCACCUGCCCGAACACCCUGCGGAACUGCUGCGAGGACACAUUGUACAGGAGCGGGUUGAUGACCGAGCUCAGGUAGAAGAAGGUGUCUGAGAAGGGGAGGAGGAUCAUGUACGCCCGGAAGUAGGACUUUGUCCAGUCGUGCUUGGGUUUGGCUGCGGCCAUAAUCCUCCGCACCUGGUUAGGCAUCCAGCAGACAGCCAAGGUCACAACAAUCAGCCCUGAGCAGGCAAAAGGAGAGACCGACACAAACAGCAUGAGAACAACAAUCAAAGCCACAAAAUAUUUAGCUCCCCAGCUCUGUGCUUACUGGCCAGGAAAUGCUACCAAUUUUUCAGUGUUGUGCUCGACUGCUGCUUUUGCCACUAGCAAAAAAGAAUCGAACAGUGUGUUUCAAGGCUGGGGGAGUUGACUGUGUUAAAGACCAUUAAAUGCUUUCGACUAUU